UUCACCAGUUAAAUGUUAUUUCUUUAUCCAGGGAUAUAAUGCUAAACAUGUUAAUUGCCUGUACAGGGUUAGCUAUACGCUUUAGUAAAAAUAGCCAAACUCCUUUCGCGAAAAUGUCAAUUUCUUGUUGUCUGAGCUUUAUCGGCCUAUGUAGCCGAUAACAUAACAACACUAUACAUCUUUUAUUAAUCACCAAGAGAUAUACAUUAAUUCGGCGCAAAUGUCAUAGAAUUAUCACAAUACAUUUUCAGCUUUUAUAAUCGGUCUGCCUAUUGUGCAGGACCACUUUUCACCAAAUUGAUGUAACUUGGUGAGGGGCUAGCUAUUAAAGCACGUAGGCCUAUAUAAUUUAGAAUUUAGUCUAAAUAACUAUUUCUUUGUCAAAAAGGUACAUGCCGAAUUUAAAAGAAUUGCGUGCUGAAUUGAAGGUCAUCAGGUUUUACAAAUUGUUACAUGUUUAACUUUACUGAUAAGCAAAAAAAGGAUACAAUUAGGAGACUUUUCAAGGGGAUUUGGCAUAGCGGGCUCCCCAUGAAAAAGAACUAGCCGAAUUCCAUUAAAAAAGGAGUCUCAUAGAUGCCUGUAUCUUAUCGACCGAUGCAUUACGUGACAACAUCACUUAAUAUAUUUUACGAGUCAGCAAGUGUUACAUAUCAGGUCGGCGUAAAUCUAACAGAAUAAAUAGCACAAUAUUGCGAUCAACUUUAUAAUCGGUUUGUCUGAUAGACGAUAUUCGGUAAAAGGCUCUAGCUGGUAAUCCGGCUUUAAAAUCUUUUAAUUUAUUAUCUUCAGUCAUCAAUCAUUGAGUAUAUUCAUAUUGUCACAGACAGAUAGUUGUAUCUUUUUUGCUAAUCCUUGUGGGGACAGUUCCUGUCUGGUUUGUAUCUGCACUGUGAAGGCAGUUUUUUGGCUGUGCACUCUGUUCUACUUCUAAGUAAUCUAAAUGUGCUUCCAUCUUCUUUUGAUUGAUAUUGGCAAAUGAAUAACAAGGCAGAAACUGAUAUUUGACUUUGCUCUCCAGUGUCAUGUGGUGAACAGACUCCAAGUCCUCCCUGUUCUGGUCUGUCCAGAGCAACUGACCAAAGAGGGACCAACAUUGCUACUAAGGACAUCUGCCAGCCCUACCAGCCACUCUGGAGCCAUUAGAGCAAACAUCGAAGAAGACAGCGAGCUGUGAUAGUGGUCAAGUCAAGGGAAACUUCUCUUCAGCUGAGGGGGAGGCUGUUCAGCGGGACGGAGCCAUGGAGCCACCAGAGGACAAGUAUGGUCGUACCUUUGUGGAGGUGAUGAGUGAAAAGUACAGUCCAGAGAACUUUCCAUUACGCAGAGGGCCUGGUAUGGCAGUGGUGGUGGUGCCCACCCCAGCUCCUCAAGGCUCCCCUGUGAAAGACCGUCUGAACCUUCCCAUUGUUCUGGUGUUGAAUAGCUGUGGGAUCAGCAGGGCAGGAGACCGGGCUGAGAUUGCUGCUUUCUGUGCCCAUGUCAUUGAGCUGGACCUGUCUCAUAACAACCUGCAGGACUGGCAUGAGAUCAAUAAAAUCGUGUCCAACAUCCCCAACCUGGAGUUCCUGAACCUGAGCUCUAACCCCCUGGCAGAAAUGACCAUCCAGCCGCGCCGCGCUGAAGGCCUUUCGCGGGUCCGACGCCUCGUCCUCAACAACACCCGGGUGUCCUGGGACACCGUGAUGCUGCUCACCACGGAGAUACCGGAGCUGGAGCAGUUGUUCCUGUGCCUUAACGAGUACAGUGGUGUGAGCGCCUCCAGUGUGGUCUGCCCCACCUUGCGGCUGCUUCACAUCACCGACAACAGCCUCCAGGACUGGGCAGAAGUCCGCAAGUUUGGCACCAUGUUCCCAAGCCUAGAGACUCUGGUCAUGGCCAACAACAACUUGGUCUCCAUUGACGACAACAAGGAUAUCCUGCAACGGCUCUUCCCUAACCUCCGCAGCAUCAACCUGCACAACUCAGGUUUCAACCGAUGGGAGGACAUUGAGAAGCUCAACUUCUUCCCCAAGUUGGAGGAGGUGCGGCUGCAGGGCAUUCCCUUACUGCAGACCUACACCAACACAGAGCGACGCAGCCUCAUGAUAGCACAGCUCCCUUCAAUAUCACAGCUAAAUGGCAGUGUUGUGACUGAUUGUGAGAGAGAAGACGCAGAGAGGUUCUUCAUUCGUUACCACUUAGACUACCCUGAGGAGGAGCUGCCUUACAGAUACCAUUCCCUGGUAACCAAGUAUGGGAAGCUGGAACCACUUGCUGAGAUUGACCUCCGACCUCGCUUCCGUGCCCAGGUGGAGGUUCACUGUGAGGAAAAAGUGGAACAGCUGAGCAUCCGUUUGGACCAGACAGUAGCUGAGCUGAAGAAGCAGCUGACAACAGUGGUCCAGCUGUCCACCAACAGCAUGAGGAUCUAUUACAUCGACAAGUGCAGCGCCUUCGGUCCAGAAGAAAUGAAGUACAACACCCGGGCCCUCCACUCCUACAGCAUCCAAGACGGUGAUGAAAUACUGGUGGUGCCCAAGACCAAGUGAACAGCUGGUGUCCAACUGGAUAAUUAGAGUGACUCAUUGAUUGAUUGAUUAAUUGGAUUAUUUGUUGCCUGGUUAACUGACAUCACAAAAUAAUUGAAAAAAACACAUAUGGAACAGCAUCAGCGGCCCACUUUUUGGAACGAGGAGAGCAAAACAAGAGAAUGAUGUGAAUACCAUCAUGCACAGUGGGCUGCUCGGAGGCUCUAGCUGGAAAUGCAGCCAUUACGUCUUUAUUUAUUUCAGCUGUAUUUGAGGGCAUCCACUGGAGUAAGUAGACAAAUUUGUCACGCUGGAAAACAGGCUGAUAGAGUAACUCACAGUCAGCUAGCAGCUUAAGCAGAGGAGAGGGUGCUGCCGUACCAGCAAAGCUUUACUGCAGCUCUAUACACGGCAUGUACCUAGCACCUGCAUAAGCAAGUAUCCAACACCACUCGCUUGCCCAAAUGUUAUGAAAACUACCCUGAUUAGCAGUAAGACGGUGCACUUUUAAAAUGGGCACAAUAACAGGAGGAGCAGCAGUUGUUGAAGGAAAAAUCCUGUCUAAAACACUGUAUAAUGGUGGUGAUGAAAGUAGUAUUUUUUGGGUCCAUUUUGUUGUAUGGUGGUGUUUUUUUCUGUAUUUCUGGGGUUAACUGCUAAAGUUGGAAGAUGCUACAGCACAUUUAGAUCAUUUGACAAAAUACAGGCAAAAAGCUAGAAAAUAUUUCUAGAUCCGUAAUAACAAGCGAUAAGUGUGAAAUUUAUCAUAGAAUAUGCAAUUUUAAAUAGUCAUUGAAAAAUCUAGAACCAAUGAAUAAGCACAUUUUGUAAUUAAUUACAAAAGUGUACUGGACACAAUAUCUUCCAGCCGCGAUCACUGCACUGCCUUUUUUGUUGAAGGCGCCCCGAUCAGACCAGUUGCAUUUUUUUGUGACUCUUGCUAGGCAACCAUCAAAUCACCAGUCAACCGUUAUUUUACUGUGAAGUUAAAUGCCGUUUUUCACUCUGAGUGGAUGUUUUUUGAACUUCAGCCGUUCAGGGUGAAAAAAAAAAAAAGUGAGGCGCUCGGCAACGCAAAAGCAGCAAGCAAAAUGCUUCACUCUAAAACAAUUACAAAAAGCCUCCCCAGGCCGCUAAAACAUGCUCUGUCUGAUCGGGGCCUCCUUCUUCACCAUUCUCAGUGUGUGUGCCCUGCAGGAUUCAAGUUUCCACAUCACACUUUUGUUACAGUAGUUGCAUACUGCGUCAGGAUUGGCUUCCAAACUAGUUGUCAUCAUGCUUGUACACUCACAUGCUAAACUGAAUUUUAAGGUGAGCACAGAUAAACUUUCCUCCUUCAGCAGAUGCAUGUGAAAACAGUGUUCUACUGUCAAACCCUGCACAGUAAAGGUCAAACAUUCAGUCAAGUGAGUGUGAAGAGUAUUUUAGGGUUGAUGUUUUCUUUACCCUGUUAUGUGUUUUCUACAUUUGUUUUCUGGACUUGGAGAAGGCUUAUAACCAUGUACCCCAGGGAGUCCUGUGGGGAGUGUGGGGUACCGAGCCAUCCGGUCCUUAUAUAACUGGAGUGAGAGCAGUGUCCACAUUCUCAGCAGGAAGUCAAACACGUUUUUAGUGGGUGUUGAGCUUCGCCAGGGUUGUCUCUUGUCACCGAUUUUGUUUGUGAUUGCCAUGGGUAGGAUCUCAAAGGCAGGGGUGGGAGAGUGAUCGGUUUGGGGACCUCAAAAUUGCAUAUCUGCUCUUUGCAGAUGAUGUGGUUCUGUUGACUUCAUGAGACUGUGACCUCCUGCACGCACUGAGGCGGUUUGUAGUCGAGUUUAGAGAAGUCAGGGUGAAGGAGUUCAAGUAUCUCAGGGUGUUGUUCACGAGUGAGGGUGAGAUGGAGUGUGAGAUGGGCAGGCGGAUUGAUGCAAAGCCGGAAGGCUAAGCUCUCGAUUUAUCAGCUGAUCUAUGUUUCGACCCUCACCUAUGGUCAUGAGCUUUGGAUAGUAACCCGAAAGAACAAGAUCACAGAUAAAAGCGGCCACAAUUAGGAUAAAGAGCUCAGACAUCUGGAGGGAGAUUGGAUUAGAGCCACUGCUCCUUCACGUUGAAAGGGGCCAGUUGAGGUGGUUCAGGCAUUUGAUCAGGAUGCCUCCUAGGGGCCUUACUUUGCAGGGUUUCCAGUUACAUCCAACUGAUGGGAGACCCCAGGGUAGACCCAGAGCACACUGGAGAGAUUAUCUCAGGCUUGGGAACGCCUCGGGAUCCCUAAGGAGGAGCUGGAAAACGUCCCUGGGGAGAGGGAUGUCUGGACUACCUUGCUUAGCCUGCUGCCACUGCAACCCGCCCCCAGAUAAGUGGCAGAAGACACACAACAGCAACUUUAUUAGAUUUUUUUUUUUGUGAGGAAAGAAAUGAAACACACACACACACACCAGGGUACCCAAAAGACAAUCUUUCAUUGCACAUUCUGCAUAGCAGCAGUAUGAAGGCAUAACCUUUCUAUUUAAAACAUCAUGCAAGUGCAUGCUUGAUUAUAUUCAUCCAUCCGUUCAUCCAUUAGCUUAACCAGAUCAUGUUAAUUGAUUUGAGCAGAUUCUAGGGAGUAGGAUGAGGUUGAGAGUUUAUUGUUAACUUGUGUUCAUGGUUAUUUUAAGGGCACAUGGCUGCAAACUGUUUUCAUCAAAUUACCUGAUUUUGCAUACAUGGCUAUAUGAUUUUACAAGUUAUUGCUGCUGUUGCUGGCUUUUAAGAAAAUAGCACUCUGAAUUUUAGUGCUCCAUUUUUCUGAUAUAAGUCAUAUUUUAUUUCUUUAAUUACUUGCAUAUGAUCUUGUUUUAUAGAUGUUUAAAUGCUUCAUCAAUGCACUUUCUUUACAGUGAAUUUAUAAUUUUCAAAGAAUAUAAUCAGCAAUUCUUCUUAAACACAUUUCCACUAUUUAGUUAAAUACUACUGUAUUCUACAUUUCACUCCGUCCUGCACAUAAUUACUUCCACCAAAGAUAGCUCAUUAUGAUAUUAUUAUAAUUAUAAUGUGGACUAUUUACACGAUUAAUUGAUUUUAUUAUAUAGCAUCACCUUGUAUAAGAGGAGCAUUGAUGUCUAUCAAUUUUUCUUAUAGUGCUUUUUCUUAUAGUGAUUAGCAGAGUAGGGAAUUCCUGACAGUGCACAGUGUUAUGCUAUGGACUCAGCGGAUAUUUCAAGCCACUACAUUAAAUAUUCACAUUUAGGGGCUGUUUGGAAACAAAUACCUGUUUGGGCUGUGCUCUCAGUUUAUCCACUCUUGAUAGAAAAAUCCGCUCAGUGUGCUUUGGCCUCUUGUUAACUGUGUUUUUACCCUCCAACUGUAUUAAUAUCUCAAGUAUGUAAAUGCAACACUAUUUCCCUCCUUACUAUUAUAAUUUACCAAUGUUUAUUUUAUAACACUACUGCUAUACUUGAAUAUUAGAAGGUGUGAUAUAAGCAGUGAUGGUGUAGCAAUGACACACAGCAGGUUAGAUGAAAAGAAUUACAAUACUGCGACAUGUUUUCCCCAUUUUGUCACGGUAUAGUGCUGAAUAAUUGUUAGCGUAGCUUGAACCACAGCCAUAGAAUCCAGCAAAGAGAGAGGCAGCAGUGCACUGCUGGCACCAACUGUUAGGUACUGAGUUAUAGUGUCUGUGCUGCUAAUCAGUGUUAGAUUUGUUUGAAGUGCGAGAACGUGAUGGUUUGCAGAGUGGGUGAUAUUUUGGUAUGCAUGUUCUUAAUUGAUUUUAUGUGUUUUAUGCGAGCAAAGUGGUCACUAUGCCUGCUUAUAGAUUUAUGGAAUGAGGAACUUGAUGGAACUUUGUUUUACACAAAGCCCAAGAAAAAUAUUAUAAGUCUUGAUGUAAAUUUAUUGUUUACCUGUUGAAUUCAUCCAGAUUUAGUUUGUUUAAGAACAAUAUGUUAUCAUGUUAUUUAUUGUGUCUAUUGUUUACAAUCCAACCUGAAAAUAUUGGCUACGUUAUUUUAUAGCCCCUGAAAAGGUGACUUUAGAGUAUUUCUCUGUAACAUUAAAGAUUAAUGACUAAUAAAGCAACAAACAAAGUUAAAGUUAGAAAAUAAAUCUUUAGUUAUUAUUUAUUGAGGGUUUAAAAAACAAAAAAACCUCAGGUAAUCUGCUUUAUCAAGAGUGAGUAGUUGUGGUCUGAUCAUAUUUGAUUGACAGUGGCCUGGCAACAACAACAAACAUCAUUAUUCAACAAUUUCACAAGGACACAUUCAUGUUUAUCUGUGUUUUAAGCCUGGAAGGCACUAGGAUUAGGCAAUGGUUAGGGUUAAGGUUAGGUGCCUUGAAGUCAACGGUCGCAGCGCUGCCUGGAAGGAGACGUUGGGGGCUUAAAACACCAUCGAGCCACAUUCAUCAUAGAGGCAGAUAUAAUAAUUCCACCAGCAGUAGCCUCAAUAGACCAGAAGGCAGUACAGCCACUGCACAGGUGAUUAGUUUAAAUAAAAAGUCCCUCGCUUGUUGUUAAUAUCUAGAUUUGCAACCACCAUCAUUAUAACUCUAAUUUCUUUUACCACUUUCAUACAUAGUACAGAGAAUGUCACAUUUCAAGGAACACUUCGACAUUUUGGGAAAUAGGUUUAUAUGCUAUCUUGCCUGAGAAUUAGAUAAGAAGAACGAUAUCACUCUCAUAUCUGCAUGCUAAAAAUAAAGCUACUGUAUGCAGCCAGGGGUCGGUUUUCUUAGCAUAAAACUGGAAACAGCGGGAAACAGCUUGCCAGUUCUGUCCAAAGGUAACAAAAUCUGCCUACCAGCACAUCUAAAGCUCACUUAGAAACAUGUUAUGUUGUGGACUUUGUUACUUUCUGACAGAGCCAGGCUAGCUGGUUUUCCCUUUUUCAAGUUUUUGUGCUAAGCUAAACUAAUCAACUGCUGGCUAUAGCUACAUAUGUAGUGUGCAAGAUUAGUAUAAAUCUAAAUAAGCAUAUUUCUACAAUGAUCAAACAAUUUUUUUCAAAGGAGUCCUCGGUGGUGUCAAAAGGCAUUCUUAAAAAAUUUGGGAAUUCAUGAAUUGAAGUAGUCAAAUACCUCCUGAAGGGUAAUUAAUUUGAAGUUAAAAGGUUAGACCUAUAAAUGAUCUCCCUCUCCUCAAAACCAGUGCAGUAUGUUAAUGUCGUAAGACGAAACUGAAAAAAGAUAAUUAAUACAUUGAAAAGCUCUGUAUUUCCUUUGCUUAGUUAAAUACUCAACACAUAAUGCUAGACACCUGGCAGCUUCAAUACAGCACAUCCUGUUUUUAAUGGAGACCUGUGAAACUAAAUAGAUACUUGCAUCUCUGGAUAUAUCAGUAAAUGCACUGCUUGAGUCAUCAUCUACCGCUAAAAGUAGUGCACCAGAUCUUACGUGGAUCUCAGAAGGCUAUAUUUGUCUUUGAUUAUAGUUUUAUAUAUUUUGGUUGGACUAAAUUUGCAGGAUGCCUAGGUUUCAACCCCGCUCAGACUCAGACACCAGUAUUUAAGCUAAUCAUUCACUCAACUAUAUGUAACACACGACUGUUCAUAAUAUGUGGCAAUUAAAGCAUUAUCUUUUCUUUGUAGGAACAUAUAUGUAGUACAUAUAAGUAUUAAUGGAACAGAAUGAGUCACCUUUCUUAUAUUAGCAUAUGUAGAGAAAGGUCUGUUACUGAAUGGUAAUAAAUGGCAGUCUCCCUCCUCA